AUGACAGAUUCUACAGCAGAGGCCGAGUACAUUAUAGCUUCUGGAGCUGCGAAGGAAGGUGUUUGGAUGAGGAUGUUCCUCAUUGAACUUGGUGUGUUUCCGAAUGCGUCCAGCCCAUUGAAUCUACAUUGUGACAACAAUGGGGCAAUUGCGCAGGCUAAGGAGCCAAGGAAUCACCAAAAGAACAAACAUGUACUGCGGAAAUUUCACCUCAUUCGAGAGUUCGUUAGACGCGAUGAGAUCAAGAUGUGCAAGAUACACAUAGAUUUGAAUGUUGCAGAUCCUUUGACAAAGGCUCUUCCACAGCCUAAGCAUGAGGCGCACAUGAGAGCUAUGGGUAUUAGAUAUCUUCUAGAUAGACUCUAG